GCUGGCAUCCUAUGCAUGAUCUCCAAACGAGUAUGUCAGAUCGAAAGUGGUGGGCACGGGCACGUUCAUGCACAAUGGCAAGAAACUCACAGGCUCGAUUUUGUGUGCUGUCGACAAGUUCAUGCUGAUCUCACCGCCAAACAGGCGCUGGACACCACCCACACAGCAGACGUAUGCCAACAGCUGGACCUACAGGCAGAGGUCUGCAAGAGGACCUACAGUCCAGGGUGGAACAACUGCCUGAUUCUGAUAAUCCUCUUGGGGCCUUUCAAUAUCAUGAACGACGUCUACGGGAGCUGCCUCUGGAUGGUUGGGAACCCACCACAUUGCUGCAGGCAAGGAAGGCCAAGAUGCAGAAAGUCUUUGACCAGGCUGAUGCUGCCGAGCGUGCCAAAGAUCAUUUCAGAUUGUAUCAAGCAGCGGCAGACAUGCUACAGAGGUGGUUUGCUGACCUAUACAAUGUUGCCGCGAGAGUGGAGUGAUGCCUUUUUGACCUUAUUGCCCAAACCGGGUGGCGUCGGAGGAAUCUUGGUGGCUUCUUCAAAUGGUACCACAAUAUGCCUACCUCCCCAGGAGCACAGCAGCCUGAGUUGUACGGUGGGCUCAUUUUAUCGUUGGACCUUUCCAAGGCCUUCGAUCAAGUGGAUCGGGCGCGCUUGUUUCAGGGACUUUCAGAAGUGCAAGUAUCUUCUGACCUCAUUGCACUCUUGA